GGGAGUAUUUGCUAGACCAAUAUAGGACAUUAGGGGUAAAUUGGGUGAGUAUGUCCUAAAUUCAAAAAUGAGCAUUCUAAGUUGUUUUACUAUUGUUUAUUAAAAUAAUUGUUCUGAUAAAAUCGUUCUGGACAAGCAGAAAUCAGAAUUGGACAAGUGAUGGCCACUUCUUCACAACCGAGCUUGUUGAGCUACCAUUUUUGCUGCUGUUCUAACUCUAAUACUACCAAUUCAACCUCAGCCACUCGUUUUCCCUCAUCUAUUUCUCUUUCUACCCUUCAUGGAUCCAGAAGAAGAACGCAGCUUUCCACAAAUCAUUCCCUCUCUCUAACUAGAACUCAUGCCAAAUUUGAGAAAUUUGAGGGUAGUGAAGAUAGUCCAGUCCAACUACAGCAAGAAGAUGAACAGGUUUUUCCUCAAGUGAAAGAAGAAGAUGAUGAUUGCUUGCCUUCUGACUUGGUGGGUGCGGUUCGACAAUCAAGUCAAGCUAGCGCUUCGUUUGUAGAUGCUGGAGGUUCAAGAGCUAUUGUUGAGCUUCUGAUACCACAGCUGCAAUUUUUGGACGAUGAAGGUGCACAAGCUGAGCUAUGGGAACUAUCAAGGGUAUUCUUGGAUACACUUAUAGAAGAAACCGAAUGUCAGAAAGUAAAAGCAAUCUUUCCAGAUACGGGAGCUGCUGCACUGUUGAAAUAUAAAUGGAAAGAUGCUGUGUUUGGAUUUUCAAGCUUAAGUGACAGGAAACCUGUUGAAGAUGAUGACGAGAUUGUUGUCAUGGUGGUUCCUGAUUAUCAGAUGUUGGAAUAUGUCGAGAAAAUUGCUUCUCUUCUCUCAGAUGACCCGCCAAGGCCUCUUAUCAUGUGGAAUCCUCGUCUUGUCAGUGAAGAUGUAGGAGUCGGAAUGAAUGUCCGCAAGUUAAGACGCUACUUCCUGAGAACAUUUUCGGUGGUCUAUUCAAUGAGACCUAUGGCUGCUGGUGCAGUGUUCAGGUGUUAUCCUGGAUUAUGGAAAGUAUUUUAUGAUGAUAAGGAAAGGCCGGGCAGGUAUUUGCUCGCUAAAGAACUGAUUAGCCGUCCUGAUGCUGAAGAACUAGAGUAUAUUUUCGGAGAUGUACAAGAGAAGGUCGAAGAGGGACCUUCUUUGUUUGCUCGAGCUGCAGGCAUAUUCUCAUCUAUAAAUAGGUUCAUGAGAGUUAUAUCAAAAUAAUGAGAAAUCAUGCAUCUACAUAUUCCAUAUUCAUUUCACUGGAUCAGCAAAAUACCAUCCAGAUAGUGUACCAAAUGUCAGAAAACUUUGAUGUAUGUUCAUUCAUUAUUGAAUAAGCUUCAACAAACAAUUAACAAUGGGAUGCUUGUACCUUAUCACUAAACCACAAUCGUAUUGUAAAGUUCUUUGAGUU